GAGGAAAACCAGAGCCUAAAACAGCGGUGUGCAGAGCUGGAAGCCGAGCACGACACCCUGAGACAGGAGCUGGAUCAGCUGCAGGAGGACCUGCCCUGGCAGUGUUUGGUCUGUUCUGCCAGAAGGGGGAGCCAGUGAGACCAGCUGGGCCACACAGACAGGGGUGGCAGUGGGGAGAGAUAUGGAGCUCCGGGUCAGAAAGCCAAAAAAAUACAACUGCAGUGAGGCCUUCACCCAGGCCUACACCACCCAGAGGAAGGUAGCAGAGGAUGGAGAGACCAACGAGGCUGUGCUCCUGCAGGAGUCAGCCACCCAGGAGGCGUACUACAUGGGCCGUCUGCUGGAGCAGCAGGCUGAGCUGAGGCGCUCCCAGUACCAGACCUCCAGCCUGCAGGCAGAGAACGAGCGGCUUGGGACACUCCUGGAGGAGCUCCGAGAGAGUACCGAGCUGCACCAGCUCCAGAGCAGCCAGCUGAGGGAGGAGGUGCAGGAGUGUAAGGUAAGGGAGGUACGUCUGCUGCAGGACUACACUGAGCUAGAGGAGGAGAACAUCACCCUGCAGAAACUGGUGUCCACGCUCAAACAGAACCAGGUGGAGUACGAAGGACUAAAACACGAGAUCAAAGUCCUGGAGGAGGAGACAGCUUUGCUGAACGGCCAAUUAGAAGACGCGUUGCGCCUGAAGGACAUCUCAGAGAGCCAACUGGAGGAGACGCUGGAUGCUCUGAAGAGUGAGCGUGAGCAGAAGCGCAGCUUGCGUAAGGAGCUGGCUCAGCACCUCAUGCUGUGUGAUGGCACCUUCACUUCAGCCAGCGCACACCUGCUCGCCCUCAGCUCAGCGCCCCCUAGUGGCAGCGCCACCCCCACCUCUGCCACUUCCCCUGGCGCUGAGGAGAGUGGCAAAUACCAUGGGCUUCUCCUGCAAGCAGCACCAGGCGCGGCGCUGACCCGACUCAACGGCAACCAUCAGGGAGCAGCGACCAGAAAGAGCGACUCGGCAACCCCUGACCUCUUCAGUGAACUGAACCUCACGGAGAUUCAGAAACUUAAACAGCAACUGCAGCAGGUGGAGCAGGAGAAGAUGUCGGCCCUGAAUAGCCUGCAGGUGUGUCAGACACAGCUAGGACACGCACAGACCGCCCUGGAGGAGCAGCACGAGACUACCUGCCACCUCCGAGAGCGCCUCCGCGUCCUCCACCAGCAGGGCGGCGCCGCGGCCGCUCACGAGGACGAGCAGGAGCUGGAGAUGAGGAGCCCGUCGUGGGCCUGCAGCAACCUGGCGGGCCUGGGGGUGGAGCUCCUGCAGUGCAAGUACCGGGUGGCAGUGAUGGAGGUGGUAAGUCAGAAGGCAGAACUGAGGGAGCUGCAGGACAGGCAUAGGGAGUGCGUGGAGGGGGCGGUGCGGGCGGAGGUGGACGCCCGGGUCCGGGUGCAGCACGUGGAGGCACAGGUGGAGGCGUUGAAGCGCGGCUGUCGGGAGGCCCGGGAGAGGACUGCGGGGUUGGAGCGGGAGCUGCGGGCGGCGCGGAGCACGGCCUCGGAGAGCCACGCCGCGCUGGCUGCUGCCCAGGACGAGCUGGCCGUGUCCAGCGAGGAGCUGGCGCUGCUCUACCACCAUGUCUGCCUGUGCAACAACGAGACGCCCACCCGCGUCACGCUGGACUACUACAGACAGGGCCGCAGCCAGUCGCCCCGCGCUACCGCCGCCGGCCUGAAGGGGCAGGACGAGCACCGCGUCCUGCUGACGCCACGGCUGGCGCGCCGCCUUGCAGCGAUCAACACCUCCGCUUCUGCCUCCACGCCCAGCGACGCCCUCGCGCCCUCCGACUCGCCCUCCAGAGAGCCGCUCGCCCAGGACGACAGCCCGCUCCGCACGCCGCUGGGCUCGCCUGCCGUCAGUGCCUCUUCGUCGUCGUCAUCCUCGUCUCCAGCGCCCGAGUCCUCCUCAUGCUCUGAACCGCGGCGCGAGACCAUCACCAUCCACCACCUGAACGCCGUCAUCCGUGAGCAGAUCGAACACCUGCAGAAGGCCGUGGAGCGCUCGCUGCAUCUGUGGCGGCAGAGGCCUGCCGCCCAGGAGAUCACGCCAGCCCUCGACAAGGACCAGGAGGCCUUAACCGAGGAGAUACUAAAGCUGAAGUCCCUGCUGAGCACUAAGAGAGAGCAGAUCGCCACCCUGCGCCUGGUGCUCAAGGCCAACAAGCAGACCGCUGAAGUGGCACUGGCUAACCUGAAGAGCAAAUAUGAGAGUGAGAAGUCCAUCGUCAGGGAGACCAUGCUGAAGUUGAGGAACGAGCUGAAGGCUCUGAAGGAGGACGCUGCCACAUUCUCCUCCCUCAGGUCCAUGUUCGCCACACGGUGUGACGAGUACGUCACUCAGCUGGACGAGAUGCAGAGGCAGCUGGCAGCGGCCGAGGAUGAGAAGAAGACUCUGAACUCUCUGCUGCGCAUGGCCAUCCAGCAGAAGCUGGCGCUCACCCAACGGCUGGAAGACCUGGAGUUCGACCACGAGCAGAGCCACCGUCCCCGCGCUGGACGGGCGUCCAGGCUGAGGUCCACCCCGCCCAAAGUAAGUGGUCCAGCAGCCCCGCCCCUCCACGACACCUCGUCCACAGACGCUACCGUGUCGCCAACGGUGACUGCUUCACUCCCCUCCGAUCCAGGCAGCCCCCCUGCACUGGAGGCACCUUCCUCACCCGCUCCUUCCUCCUCCUCCUCCUGGCCUCCCCUGACCACGCCCUCCCGCCCGGGCCAUGCCCACUGGACGGUGGGGAUGCGGGCACACGCGGUGGAGCCGCACUGCUUCAGUGUGGACUACACCCAGCUGACCCGAACCACCAGCCUCACCCGUCGCUAUGCAAAUGAGUCGCCUGGCUCUGCCCCCCCCUCACCCUACCGCUCACCCAUCCUGGGGACCUACCGCUCCAGUUGGAGCUCCCCCAGGCCCCGCCCACUCCCAUCCGUCCUGACGCGCUCCACCCACACAACCAGAUACACCUCCCCCUCCUCCUACAGCUCACUCUACCCAAGAACCUACAGCUCCCAGCAUCCCCGCUACUGAGGCCAAGCAGGGUGCUGCAGACAGGAGGAUGGACCGGGUUCCCGCUUUUGUAGUUCCAGUACGCUUGACGUGUUUGGUGACGGUUUUUUCCGCUCAGGGAUUUUGUGGCGCACAAGUGCUCCUGCUGUCCUGUGAGAGACUGUUGAUCAGUUCUCAGGACUGGGUCUGUCUCUGACAUCUCUCUCUUCAUCAUGAGGUCACUUAUGGUGCACGAUGACCUCACAGCACAACCCAACCAGAGAGGAGGGAUGAACUGUUUUUUAGAAAGUACCUGGACAUUAAGUCAGCUGGGCUGUGUGGAAGGACUGUCUUGUUUUAGGGUAAAACCAAUUGUAAUGAUACAGUUCACAUGAAGAGGUUUGGAAGUCAGUCAUAUGAGUGGUGGAAUGAUGAAUACGUAUAUAUGCAUUGCUGAGUUCCCUCACUGUGUAAUAGCUUUAUCAUUUUUUUCUAUUGUAGCUUUUGUUUGUUUGUUUGUUUUUGUUUUUCUCAAGAAGUGUCAUGACCUUUAAAGUGAUAAAUAACAAGGUUUUUAUAUCCACUGGAGGUUUCCGUAUUGCCACUUCUCUUCCAUUCCAGCAGACGCAUGUCUUCGCCCUCUCUGUGUACCACGCCUUCUCCUGUGUGUUAAUUCCUCUGUUGUUUUAGUUUCUUCAUUUGCAGAAAUGUUCUGCUUUGUUGGUAAUCAGCUCCAGAUACUGAGCUGUAAUAUGAAUCUUAAUCAACUAACGAAAGAUGGACGUUACUAGCUACCAGUUCGAAUUUUGCUAUUUGCAUAAUUCUACCUGGUAGCUCUCUGCUUCCAUAUGUCCGUAACAGACUGAAUUCCUCCUCUAGCAGUUUAGCGGUCGAGUUGGUUCUGUGUGUAAAUCAGUCAGAGAGGAUUUCACUUUAGCUGAAGCACAGAAACAGUUACACUGUCUGAGUGUUUCAGUGCAGACAGGCGCAGAUGCCGGUUUCUAGUCGACCCUACCAAUCUCAGGGAUUAGCUGUCUUUGUCAGUGUGCUCUUGUUAGGGUGAAAUAAUGCGCGGAUCCCCGAGGCUUUGGUGAAAAACACUCUUUUCUUCUCACUUUACAUUCAUGUUCAUGCAUUGUCAGGUAUUAUUCUUCAUUCCCUUUUGGCAGAAUUCUUUAGCUCAGAAUCACGGGAUAAAGCAUUAACCGAGUAAAGACUGAGAACAGAACACUGUGGGGACACACGUCACCCCCAUGUCUUCCCCUCAGUCUCCAGACAACUAAAACAUUAACAUUCAGCUCCACUGUUGGACCAAAGACACCGAACUCGCCUCCUUCUGUCAUUGACGUGUCUACACAAAUGGAGGCUGAAGCAUUUGACAGAAGCCCAACCCCCGAAUGCACACACUCACACACAUGGCUAAGUGAUAUUGCUGUUCCUUUACACCACAGUGCAUUAGCGGGGUAUCACACUCCACCUGGUGCUCUGCACCACAGAACACUUGAGCUCUGACAGCUUCCUGGUGUCCUUGGUGUGGAGAUGAUCUGGAGUGUAGUGGUGAAAGCUGAGAGGAGAACCUGCUCUUCCCACCAGCUCUGUCUCAUUGCACCUAGCAGUAGAUAAUAGUGCACUCACGGAAGACUUCACCUCACUUCUCUUAUUGCACUAAUAUGGAAAUGUGUUUUGUCCUGUGAGUGUUUUGGGAUUGUGCCACUGUGUGGUCUGGUGUGGAAGGUGAGAAAGAGAAGAAUGGUUUAUGUUCGGAGUUUUGGAGAGCUAUACGUACUCAGGUGGAGACUGUGUGUCAUAUUAGGACUAGGGUUAGGAUUAGGGUUAAGGUUAGGGUUAGGAAACCUAGACCUCCUCUCUGUGGCACCCUUUUACCUAAGGCCUGACACACACACACACACACAGCACAUCUUCAAUGCAUUUCCUAUUAAUGUUAAGUUGUCCCAGGUCUGUAGGACCCUCACACCUGUCAAAUGCUUCAGCCUCCAUGGUGUUGGCACGCGCUGCACUGCUUCUCACGCCCACGUCCUUUAUCUCACGUGUUCAUCACAUCAGAAGCGAUGGAUAUGCAACUCCAGUCAGAGUCUUACAUUUUCUCUGUCAUUAGCUUUCCUACUGUAGCAACACUUUGCUACACUUUGCAAACCAAUUCCAGAGUGGCUUUUUCUGGGCAGACUGUUCCGUCUGUAAUUAACUGUGCAUGAAUACCAUACAGGACACACCACAUCUCUGGAGUGUAGUGUACAGUCAACCAGUGUAUUAUUAGUAUGUAAUGUAAAUGCAAAUGACACAUAAAUG